UAAUCAAAAGGAUUGGUGAGGCUACACGGCGAGAUCUUUCAUCGAGCCGCCCAAACCAUCCGGAUCAUAUCGCAAUAGUCUUUCGGCGCUGUCUCCAUAUAGCGGUAAGAUGUAGACGGUAGCACCAUCUCUUAUCAACGUGGCGAAACAUUGCAACUUUUGGUGGGAAAAACCGUUAAUUCAAAUAUAGAUUCCUGUAAUUUGAUUUAUUAGUAUGCUAUUUAUAGUAACAAUGUAUUUUAAAUACUGAUUUCAAUUUUAAAAUUAUUUUCAACUCCUCCUCCUCCCCCUACUCCGAUACAGCGGUCCUAGCCGGCAUUGAACUGUUCGCUUAUAGGGACGUACAGAAAUAUCGAUAUUCUACUUUUCGAUAUUCUACUUUUCGAUAUUUCGUUAUAUUAAAAAAGUCUUUCUAUUUAGAUAAUAACUAUCGAUAUCAAUCGAUAUUAAAAAAAUAUGUCGAUUCAUUCCUACUUUUUCUUCAACGAGGAAGAUAGGGUGAUAUAAAGAAACAGAGAUAUUCUUAUCCCCACUUAUUUUUACUCCCACUAUAUCAAUGUCUAGUCAUAUAUAGUAAAAGCCACUAAAAGUAUUAGUUCAGAAUGGCCGAAGAAAAUAAUUUACAAACCCUCUCUCAACAGACCAGUUUUACUAUUCAACAUCAAUCUAUACUUAGUAUAUUACAAUCUCCUCCUAGGGAAGAAGAAGAAACUAUAACCUGCGAACAAUAUACAAAAGAAAAUAUAGAAGAAAUUAAGCGACUGUUUUGUGCUAUUUGUCAAGACAUGGUUGAUUGCUACGAAACAUGUGUGCCAAAUACAUGUUCACACUUUUUUUGCUUAAACUGUAUAUUAACAUGGAAUGAUGUACGUUACGAUUCAAAAAUGACAACUAAGUGUCCACUAUGUGGUUUACAUUAUAAAUAUUUAGUGCAGUUUCGAAAAGAUAUAAUUAGAUAUUACUUUGUCCAGAGUAUAAAAAGGGGAUUAAAAUAAAUGUGACUAUAAAUAUUUGCAGUUUUAUUUCACAUCAUGUAAAAAUUCUAUUGAUUUAACACAAAACCGAUUAAACCGAUUGAUAUUUCAAAACAUUGCUCAUCUCUAAUAUAAAUAUAAAAUUUAAAAAAUAAAACCAGUAUCACAGGUUCAACGAUCUCAGAGAGAACCGAGAACAAGAUACCUGCAGAUAUAAUCUCAGAUCGACCUCGCCUCUGUCGACCAGUUGCUUAUAAAAGACAAAGGCAGUCAGAUGGUUUGGUUGUAAAUUUCGCACCCAUUGCAAUAAAAUUAAGGGUAUUUUGAUAAACAUUAUUUGUGUUAGUUAAAGUUAAUAUCUAUAGUUUUGGUAAGUUAUAGUUUUACAUAUUCAUCUAAUAAAAUUAAGACUUCUAUUCAAAAACUUGUCCAGUUUUAAUUGUAUUUUACAUUUAAUUUAAAAUAAAAAUAACAUUCUUCAAAUUUAACUCGUAGUAAACAUUAAAAUAGUAUAUAAUAUAUAAUAGUAUAACAUAUAUUCUAUUAUAAUUAAUAGAAUAAUAUAAAAAAAUAAAAAUAAUAUAAAAACACUCAGAUAAAUAGAUUAACAAAAAAGAUAAAAAAACAGUCAGUAAUCCCACUAUGGACAAAUCAAAUAAAUAAUAGUAAACACAACUAAACAUUAACCACAGUAAAAUUAAAAUAGACAAACUAUACUAAUAAACAGAUAAACUACAAAACAGACAGCAUGUCUAAAUUUAAUUCAAUAUUCAUAAACAGUAGAAAAAAUAUAACCAACAAACACUCAACCACAAUAAAACAAACAAACAAACAGAUAACAAAGACGCUAACAAAACUAAUUGUCUAAAUUUAAUUCAUACAUAUAGUAAAAAAAUACAACCAACAAUAAAAACAAACAAACAACACUAACAGACAGGUAAACCGCAAAACAGACAACAAACACACUAACAAAACUGUCUGUCUAAAUUUAAUUCACAUAUAUAGUAAAAAAAUACAACCAACAAUAAAAAUAAAUAAACAGAUAAACCGCAAAACAAACAACAAACACACUAACGAAACUGUCUGUCUAAAUAAUUUAAUUCACAUAAAUAGUAAAUUAUAACCAACAAUAAAAAUAAACAAACAGAUAAACCGCAAAACAGACAACAAACACACUAACAAAACUGACUGUCUAAAUUUAAUUCACCAUGGAUACAUGAACAGUAGAAAAUCACAACCAACAGUAACUAGAGUAAAAUUAAAGUUCAUCAAAUUAACAUAAUAAUGAGUUGUAACAUAGAAUUUUUUAUAGAACUAAAGUACCAACAUGUUCAAUUAUACAUCUUGUGUUAAAUCUUUUAGUCUUAAACAUCAUAUGAGAGUAGCUUGUAACUAGUCAAGUUUUUCAACUGAUGGCUUGGAAAGUCUGCUGAAAAAAGGAGAGAUUUUGUGAAAAUCGGGAAUCACAUGACAAAAGAUCGAUUUUCGGCAGAAUCAGAAUAAAAUUGAAAGAUGUUUAUUUGCCCAUCCUGUAAAAAAAACUUUACUCGUAAAGACAACCUAUCUCGCCAUUUAAAAAGUGCCUGCAACAAAUCAUCCUUUCUAAACAGAUGGUUGACAACGUCUACACCUGAAGAAAAAAAGAAAUAUUGUGAAGAAUGCAAAGAGUCAAUAUCACAAAAUUUAUGGUUUGGUCAUCUGCGAUCAAACACACACAAAAAUAAUUCUAAAAUAAUUGAACAACCUGGAGUACAAAUUAUUAAAUCUGCAUUCAAAGAACGAAUAAUAACAUAUAGAUUAUCUAUGGAGGAGAUGAUCUUAAAUGUUAAAAAUUACUUUAUAAAAUUGGAAAAAAAGAUUCUUCGUAUAUUUGAGGAUCAAUUAAGAAAACACACAUGCCUUAAAAUUAAUAUGGAGCUUUUUGGCUAUUAUUAUAAUCCAAGUACUGAUAAUCAUGAUGUAAAAUCAUUCAACACUCCAUUUAAAGUCAUUUGCAAUAGUGCCGAAACAAAGGAUUUGAUAGAAGAAUUUGUAACAGUUAUUGACAAUAAGGCAGAUGAGUUUGCAGAAAAAGAUUCGGGAUGGAUCUUACUUAAUUUUAUUCAUUUGGAAAUUAACAUUAAUAAAUUCAAUCCUUUGAGAGCAUCAUCAUUUAUUGAACUACCUCCUGAAAUAGUACGACGUCAAGCU